AUGUCAUCUUAUUUGAAAAACUACAAAGUCAUUGCCAAAGAUGAUCUGCCCGCAGUAUGUGCGUUCGGGAUCACGUUCACAGCUGUGACUUUGAAUGCUCCAAUGCACAUUCGUUACUUACUUCAGAAGCUCUCCCAGGGUUACGACAUUCGAGUUGUCCGUCAGAAAGUAUCGAGUUUGCAAUCUGCUUUCAUAAGCCGAGAAACCAGCCUGGUAUUCAACUGCACCGGAAACGCUGCUCGGUGUUUGCCUGGUGUGGAAGAUCCAAAAUGCUUCCCUACCAGAGGCCAAGUUAUAUUGGCUAAAGCCGGCCAAAUUUCUUGCAGCGUUAUGAGACAUGGCAGAGACUAUGAAACUUAUGUCAUACCUCGACCUGGAUCCAACGGGAACGUCAUUUUGGGCGGCUUCAUGCAGAAAGGUGUCAGUACUGGAGAUACGUUCAGUGAGGAAACAGAGUCUAUCCUCGAGCGCACCAAAUCAAUGCUUGCCGAUCUCGAUUCACCCGAUACAGAAGUCCUAGCUGUUUUCUCGGGGAUCCGGCCAUCAAGAGAAGGAGGCGCUCGUGUUUCAUUGGAAGAAAUUGACAUCAGUAAAACACAGCAAAAGGGACUUGUCGUUCAAAAUUACGGUGCCGGAGGGACUGGCUUCCAAGCUGGCCAUGGGAUGGCAACUGAUGCAGUUAUGUUAGCUGAGGGGGUAUUACAGAACAUUUUGUCAGGGCAUGAAAAGUUUCGUCCACUACUGUGA